CUCGCUCUCUCUGUGUGCGCAGCAGGCGAGAAAAAGCCUCUUGUGUGUCGCUGGCGUUGCUGAGGCCUUUCCACUUCACCGCAACCACAUACAGACCACAAGCAGCAGCGACAAACAGGCACCACCUCCCUCUCAACUUCAACCAACAACCACAACAGACACAAUGGCCGAUCAACUGACUGAGGAGCAGAUUGCCGAGUUCAAGGAGGCCUUCACCCUCUUUGACAAGGAUGGCGAUGGCACCAUCACCACAAAGGAGCUUGGCACCGUAAUGCGCUCCCUUGGCCAGAACCCCACAGAGGCCGAGCUUCAGGACAUGAUCAACGAGGUUGAUGCUGACGGCAACGGCACCAUCGACUUCCCCGAGUUCCUGACCAUGAUGGCCCGCAAGAUGAAGGACACAGACACCGAGGAGGAGAUCCGCGAGGCCUUCCGCGUCUUUGACAAGGACGGCAACGGCUUCAUCAGCGCCGCGGAGCUGCGUCACGUCAUGACCAACCUUGGCGAGAAGCUCACAGACGAGGAGGUCGACGAGAUGAUCCGCGAGGCCGACAUCGACGGUGAUGGCCAGGUCAACUACGACGAGUUUGUCAAGAUGAUGACAAGCAAGUAAAUGACCCCCACCUCCUUUUCCCCUCCCCUCUUCUCUCCUCCACAAACUGCCUUUGUAACACUCGCACUUGUCGCUGUUGUUGUAUUGGCAUCUUUUCCCAAACAACAGAGAAAACAAAAUACCCGCUUGUUUCUUUUCUUGCUGGUUUGUUCCAUUGCAUGCCUCUCUUCUUACCCUCUUUUUCGUGCGAGGUGUGAGUACGUAACGUGCCUGGUCUUGCCAUUGUCCCCUGUUUGUCGUCUUCCUCAUUAGUGCCCCUUUACGGUCUGGCUUUUUGGUUGUGGCGUGCCUGUGUGUGGAUUGGGUUGCAACCGAGACGGUAACACGUGUUCGUGGGCGUGUGCGCGCUUGACAUGUCGGUCGUCAUUCUGGCACUCUGCUGUUGUGCAUUGCUGCGCUGACGCCGUCUGUGGAUGUGCGUGCUGCCCUCGCUCGCUCGUUUGCUGUGGAAGCUUUCCUUCCUCACUCACAAGUUGUUGCCUUGAUACACACUGCACACCGUUUGUCUGGGUGAAGUUGUGUGUGUGUGUGUAUGUGCGGUGCGUCUGUGCUGUGAUUGCCCAAGCGUGUCGGCCUCUUCCUUUGUUGGGUUGUUUGCACCAGCUGCCGCGGGUUGUGCCUCGCGUUGGUGCCUUGGUUGGUUUGUUGUUUUGUCUACUAUUUCCAACGCAAGAAAAAACAAUACAAACAACAGGAAGACUCCUCAUGGGUUAUGUGAUUCGUGUGUGUGCGUGUGUGUGUGUAAAGUGUUGGCUUGCAGCAAUGUGUGGUGGGGAGUUUAUUUGCUCGUGGG